AUGGGAAUAAGCAACGACUCAAAACCAACAAAAGAUGAUCUACCACGAGAAUCACCAACACAGGAAUAUCUAAUUUUUGCACUCGCCGGUGUCUAUUUACCAUCAUCACGUAUAGGCAACGGUAAAGAUCAAAAGUCAAGAAUCAGAGUGAAUUACGCUAGUAAAACUUUCAUUAUCUAUUCGUUAACAGACAGUGAAAUCACUCCGGAAGCAAUACUAGCAAUUGAAACCUUCGAACAACCUUUCGAAAAGUUUUCUCAUCAAUUAGCUGAAUUACCUGCUGAUAUCAAAAAACAACUUUGUAAACAUAUUAUGCAUGCACCAAGACACAAUUGCAGUCACUGUUCAGAAAACACAGAAGAAACACCAUUCAUGGAAGAUUAA